GAAGGAGGCCCCCGCCGUACAGCCGCCGUGCCGCUCUUGCCCAAAGGAUUAAACACCUCGCCGGCCCCUGCGCUGCCCUCCGUACCACCCGGCCGGCCGGAAACAUCCCCGCACCAGAGGUUGAGCGGCCAUGAGGCUGCCGCUGCUGCUGCUGCUGCUGAGUACCGUGGCUGCGCUACUCGCACCACCUGGCGCGCUGGCCAAGUGUCCCUGGUCGCGGGACUUAGUCGACCUGCACGCCGACUGCAUCUGCGCCUACAGCAGCACACAGCGCCUGUCUGUCCAGUGCAGCCCAGUGAAUUUCGCGCGACUCAUGAACGCGCUGCAUGCAUCGGCGCAGAACGUGCCCAUCGAUCUGCUCCAUAUCAACAACAGCACGGUAGAGGCGCUGCCGGACGGCGCGUUCGCCAAGCUGGACAUCCAGUCACUGCACCUGGCACGCUGCCAGUUGCGUCAAGUGUCCGAGCGUGCGCUGCAGGGCCUCGAAAACAGCUUGGCCAGCCUCAGCUUGCCCGACAAUCGGCUCGAGGAGGUUCCCGUGGCGGCCCUGCGGCGCCUGGCAUCACUGCGCCAGCUAGACUUGUCCAGCAACGCCAUCCGGCAUGUACCCGACGGGGCGUUCACCGGCCUGCCACUCAACACGCUCAAGUUGGCCGACAACGAGUUGAACAUCGCGGACGACGCAUUCGCUGGGCUCCAGGACUCGCUAAAGAACCUCAACCUCAAGGGCACUGGCCAGGAGCGCGUGCCACGCGCGGCCGCCCAGCUGACCUCGCUCGCCUUCCUGGACCUGGCGCAGAACAAGAUUGCAAGCCUGGCACCCGAGGACCUUAGCGGUAUGCACACGCUCACCGCACUCAACCUGGAGCGCAACCGCAUCGUCAAGAUCGACGCAGAUGCAUUCGCCGGCAUCAACGAUACACUCAGUUCGCUCUCGCUGCUCAACAACCUGCUCGUUGAGUUUCCUGGCCAGGCACUUGCCACGCUCACUGAACUUCGGGUUCUUGACCUGGGGUUUAAUGGAAUUCGGAAUCUCCCGGAUGAUGCCUUUGCAAACAACCCUUUCCUGACACUCCUGGCUCUGGAUGGAAAUCCCAUGGCAACCAUACCAUUGGAACCUUUCCGGCACCUCAACACAACUCUCAGGGGAAUCAGCAUAGGAGGACCCUACCUCGAGUGUGAUUGCAGGAUGCGAUGGAUUGCAGAGUGGAUAGCAAACAAAGACCUUCAAGUAACAAGUCGUGAGCGGAACCCUCAAUACUGUGGAAAACCUGACCACCUCAAGCGACGCACGUUUGCAAAAAUUGAGCCCUCUGAGUUUAUAUGCAAUGCUUCAACGACAACAACACCGCCUCCAACAACAACAAUGGCAACAACAACAACAACAACAACAACAGUUCCUGUGACGACCGCAACAGAAAGUGAGCCCGUGAUCCCAACCAGCACAAAACCUCCUACCACAACAAGCAGCACUACAAUGAUGACAACUACUCCUACUAGUACUAGUACUACUACGGUGCCUUCAGUGGAGUCAGCAAUUACUACAACUACAGUUCCUGAACCAACAAGUGUUCACAUCAAUGAGCUGCUCGUUGCAGAAACCACGACUUUCAGGGAACCAUUUGUGUCUUUGAGUGAGUCAGCAGAUGACGUCAUCACAUAUGCUCCAGAGCAAACAGAUACACCAGAACCUUCUCAAAGACAGGCCACCAACAAACAUGUUCGACCACUACUAUCGUCACCAAGAAAUCAAGACACUCAGGCACCAUCCAGCAAAGUUCCAUUAGUUCCAUACAUUGUGAAUGCUCAGAGGAAGGAUUCUGCAGUCACUAUUGAAUGGCAAAGUGAUGGCGAGUCUCCUUUAGGUUUUCAGGUAGUUUACCGAUUGUUUGGAGAAAAGAUUUAUCGUCAUGGCCCUACACUGCGGCCAAAUCAGCGGAAGUACACAAUGCAAAGUCUGCCCACAAAUGAGUGCCUUGUGGUGUGUAUUGUAAACCUACAAGAUGCGCAAGACAUUAAUAUAGACGACAUCCUACCAUCCCGGUGCAAGGAGCUCAAGCUAGAGCGCUAUGUAAUUGCCCAUUUAGACAAAAUCAUCAUCGCGUCUUCAGCAGCUGUGUGUGGCAUCAUCAUACUGGCUGUCAUAAUAUUUCUUUGUUGCUGGCGAAAGAAGCAGGGCCGUAGCAGUGGCCCCAAAUCUCGCCUGCCACUGCCAACGUCUACUGUUCAUCCAACCAUCAAGCCAACAGAUGAGUGGGAGACCGUCUCCAUGUACAGCAGCCGCAGUAUUCCUCGGGCACGCAUGUACCACAUGGACAAUGCUAAUGGCUCUGUAAACCAGAGCUUUGUCAUGGAUGACAACCGCUCCCACAUUUCCCAUUUCUCCCACAUGCCCAAUGGCUACUCUUCCAAGGCCCGCUCUACAGCUGAUGGCCAAUCUCACAGAUCAUACUCUCAAAUGUCUAACAAGUACCGUGGCCUUGGCAACCCAGAAGUGCGCAAGUCACAGCAGUCCUUAUCAGCUUUGUCGGGAACUCAUUCUUUUCUCGAUGCUCAUGCAGGGCCAACAACGCGACCACUUCCCAAUGGUAAAAAAAGAGUGCUGCACAACGGCCGACUUGCAUCAGCCAGUUCCAUGCACUCACUUAAUGAGUAUGACUCAGACUGGAAUGCCCGGACAGAAAACUGGAAAGACAAUGAAGUGGACAUAUACGUAGGGCAGAGUCAUGUGGCACCUUCCCACAGCAAGUACCACCACCGAUAGGACACUUGCCUCAGCUUGUUGUGCAGCUAUGGCAUCAGAGUGCUCACAUCACCGCUAGUGCAAGCUGUUUACAUCAGCAUGCAAGCUUGGUUUCCUGCCAUGCUAGACAGCCCUUGUCUU